UCACACACUUGAUUGAUGACGACAUUCUCAUGCGCCGGAUAUGUCGACCAGGAUCAGCAGAAGAUACAAAUGCUGAUGUGUUACAAGAAAUCACACCGCAGGGAAUCUUGUGAGUUUUUCCUUUGAUGCGCAGAUAACAUAAUAAGCAGAGAAGCGGGUCCCAGGUCGAUGUCAAAGAAGACGCAGAGCAAGAAAUCUUCAGAGAGCGAAUGGCGCCUAAAGGGAAAGUCGGCACAAAGGGGAAGAAGCAGAUCUAUGAAGAGAACGAGGAGACACUGAGGUUCUACAAUAGAGUCAUCCUAGGAGCUAACGCAAUAUAUGCUGCAGUAAAUCUUGUGGCUUUCUCCUCUUCUUUUGGGACAUGGCUGCUGCUUGGGUUCGCACUAGCAGUGUAUUUGGGGAGUUACCGCUCAAUGUACUCCAUGGCCAGACCUACGUUUAGUGAGGAUGGAGGUCUCCUGGACGGGGGGAUCGACUUAAACAUGGAGCAGGGGAUGGCAGAACACCUGAAGGACGUCAUCCUGCUCACAGCCAUAGUACAGGUGCUCAGUACGCUCUCCUCGUACUUCUGGUAUCUCUGGCUGCUGGCCCCAGCCCGAGCCGCCCACCUGCUCUGGGUGAACUUUUUGGGCCCCUGGUUUAUGGCAGAGAACCCGUCGGCACCAGAGGAAGUGAACGAGAAGAAGCAGAGAAGACAAGAGCGCAGACAGAUGAAGCGAUUCUGAGGCUACAGGGCAGACAGAGCAGUAUUUUUAUACACAGAAUCUCAUAUACAGAUAACGAGGAACUCAUAAGUUAUUCAGGAACACAUUUCGUUAUUAAGUUAAACUUAAUCUGAAUCCGAUACUGUGGAAUCUUGUUUUCCAUGUUUGUUUGUUUUUUCUGAUUUCUCUGGAAAUCUAAUUUUCUCCCUCAACUAUUAAAUGAAAUGUUCUGUAUUUAGAUGAUGUCACGGUCUAAAUUUCAUUAAUCCUAAUGCAGAGAUUUAAGAGUUUUGACCAAGGCACAAUCCUUUCUUACUGCCUCCUGCAGAUUCCCGUCAAAGGUUCAACUCACACCAUGCAGAAAGAUAAAUCGGGUCAAAAAACUGACCUGAUUCUGUUUGUGAGCUAUUAAGUCAUAAAAAUGAACACAAUGGAUAGAAGUCAAGUUUUAAUAGAAAAGAUCGUUUUGCAAUAAAAAUCUCCUUCCAGUCGGUGGAGUUGAUGCUC